GGGGAGGACGAGGACACGGCGAUUCAGUCGGGUUCAGUCGACGAGGAGACGCCGCGUCGCGAGGAUCAACAGGUGCGAGCGAACGCCCGUCGCCCGAGAAGCAUGGGGAAUAUUUACGUCUUCAGCCUGCUCGUCGCACUUGCUACGCUGCUCGUCGCGGUGCAAUGCGGCGACAUAAUGCGCAAGAGCAUCGUCUUCGACAAGAACACUCCGGACGUGUUUUAUUGUCCGCAACACAAGCCGAUCGGUUUCGAGAAGAUGCUGGUGAAGGCGAGACCGCUCUCCAGGCUCUGCCAGUUCGAGGGCCGUCCGAUACCUGAGGAUUACAAGAGCGACUGUUACAACGACGUGGACGAGACCGAGUACGCUUGCAAGGAGAAGUACAGAAUCAUGAAGCGAUUCAAUAAUCCGGAUGGGAAUGCGAGAGUCACUGACGCCGAGAAGUAGAACGGGAAAUGAUGCUGCACGGCCGCAAUCCACGCGCACGCAAAUCAUAAAACCCAAAUAGAGUCAAAGCCACACUAUACUAAUGCUCGGGGCGGGGCUGCUGCUGCUGCGUCGGAGGGAGAGCUCAACCAUUCAUAAAUAAUACUUAUAAUAAAAUAAUAAUAACGGCGACGUAGAUAAAACAAUUAUCGCCUUAAAAUCAAUUAUCCACCUCUUCAUAUUACGGUAAUAAAGAAUAGUAGAUUAUAUUACGUUAUGUUACGUUUGCCUGCAGGUAAACAAUACAUAAUAGAUAAGUAAAUAAUAAUCAAAUCACUGCCACAUCGAGUAUUCAAGAUGAAGAAGUGGAUAACAAAAAAAAAUAAUUAACAGACACGAGCAAAACGCUCAUAAAAUAGAUACUUUAUAACAUACGUUUUUCUACUUGUCUUAGAAUGCGAGAUAUGAUAAGGAAGAAUAAGUCGGUUCUUUAGUUUUUAAGCUUCGUCAAUGGGAAGUUUUUUUUAACAUUAUUAAUAAAACUAACCGCGCGACGCGCGCAUCGGAGCUGGGUGAUUGAUGAUUAACCCCUUGACGGAGCUUUGGAAAGUAUUAUCGCUUUUAUACGAGGAUCCAACUAGCAUAGCUUUAGCAGUCAUAUGUUAGCAAGCCAUAUUAUCAAUCAUAUUGCCGGCAUUUACUUUGUAAUACUUGUGGACGAUUUUAGCCACGGAUAUUAUCUUAAAAAACUUUAGCACAUUUCUAUUUGCGGUAAUAAUUUAAAAGAACAUAAUCAUAGAACUUUGUAAAAUAUUUAAAAAAAAAAAAAGAUUUUUCGAUUCUAUAACGCCCGAAUGAAAGUGUUAGACCUUUCAUAAAUCUGCAAAUAUGAAAUGUUUUGUAAUUAAAUUUCCUUAUCUAUCACAGCAAUGUGUACGCAUAAAGAUUUUACUUUGAUGUCAGAAAUACAUAUAUGUAUAUAUAUAUAUAUACAUGAAUAAAGCAUUAAUAGAAUAAA